CAACGAACUGAUAAGGUAAAAGUCAAAUACUCUCAGUCGGAUAGCAGCAUGUACGGUCUUUUUGUGGUGCUUGUAGCUGUAGUAGCCACUGCUGCCACACAGAGUUGUCAUUUCGGAUCGCACUGCCCGUCCACGGCCACAUGCUGUAGGAACAGUCUCGGAGAAGCACUUGUUGAUUCCCCGGGAUUCGGACAUUUUGGCGGUAUCUCUUUAACAGACCGAUCAGGACAAUGCACAUCUCAACUGUCACGUGAACACCAGAUUUGUGACUCACAUUGUCAUUGUGAACCAGGUUACGAAUGCUAUACUCCCAUGUCUGGGGUGUGUUGUCCGCCAGCUCGCUGCUACAACGCCACCUGGGUACAACAACAGAAGGAUUACUGGCAAAAGUGUAUGGCAGACCCACACUGUGCUCUGCCGCCUUAAUGGGUGUAUAAUAAAGAAAUAGAACUGUU